AUGCUCAGCUCAACCAAGCAGUCUCUAAGGUAUUGCAGUGCUCGUCUUCCCACCUCCCGCUCGUUUACAUCGGGGUUGAUUUGUCAAGCAAAGGCGGCAAAGCCGACUGCUCCUGCAAAAUCCAAGGGUGGAGGAUUCAAAGUCAAGAAGGAGGAAUACUCUGGGAAUAAAAAGAUAGCCCCUCUCACCUCCCUCUCCCAGGCCGCAAAAGUAGGCCCACUACCAGCACAUUUCCUUGCAGGCCAUCACUUGCUUCAACCACCUCAACGUGAACUCAAACUCCCGCAAUUGGCGCCAGAUGUGUUGACUUCUCGCGCGGUCGGAACAGCCGUAUCUCUUCCCUCUGGACCAGGUAGUAUAACAGGCACAUUCGGGUUGCCUAUCUCUUUGGAAAGCGAGUUCUUGCAUUUAUCCAAUCCCACGUCUGUCAUUCGCGAUACGACACUGACAGUCAUUAACGCCUUGGACGGUGGAUACAAGUCGGGAACAUCCAACAAGGACGCAAGGAUAGCAUUGACGGGUGCUACCGGGUCCGGAAAGAGUCAUCUAUUGUUACAGGCCGCGAACUAUGCUGCAGCAAGCAAAUGGAUAGUCCUAUAUGUACCGAGAGUGAUUAGUUGGGUUGAUUCAACAACACCAUAUGCAUAUGAUCCCAGGACAAAGACAUUCCAACAGCCAGAAUUGGCUGCACAGGUGUUGGGUCAAUUUAUCUCAGCCAACUCUGGAAUCCUGCUAGCUCCGAGUACUAAAAUUACUAAAGACAUUCAAACGAACGUCUGGAAGGAUCAAUCAUUAGCUACUGAAGUGCUUUCGGUCACCUUAGAGAUUCUAGGAGAGCAAGCUGAGCACCCUGUCUUACUAGCUAUUGAUGACUUCCAAGCUCUCUUCUGUAUGUCAAGAUAUCGGGACCCCCAAUAUCAGUUGAUAUACUCGCACCACCUUAGCUUGCCGAGAUUAAUAUUAGAAUAUGCUAGCGGGAAGCGGAUCCUGGCUAAGGGUGCGGUCGUCGGAGCGCUAUCAAGUACUGACGCACGAUUCCUUGCACCACUUCCCCUGAAAGAGGCAUUGGGAGUCGUCGAACCCGGGUCUGUAUCCCCGUACGAACACCGGAAUAAAGAUGUCGCGUUUUAUGCGUCAGGCGUCCAAGGUCUUUCAGUACCAUAUAAAAUGCAGCUAAGCGAAGCAGCAUCCAUGUUCGAUAUUUGGGUCAAGAACAACGUCUUGCACACUCCUGCGAAAGACUCGCUGUUCCUUAGCAAAUGGUAUGAGCUUAAAACAUGUGGCGAAAUGCUUAAAGAGCUAGGUGCCGAUAUUGUUUGCUUCCAAGAGAUGAAAAUAUCUCGACAGCUUCUGACAAGAUCACUGGCUGUUCCGGAGAACUAUAAUGCCGUGAUGUCGUUUCCCAAAAGCAAAGGGGGGUAUAGUGGAGUGGCCGUCUACACUAACAACACAAGGGUUGCGCCCCUCAAGGCUGAAGAAGGGCUACUUGGAGGAUACCAAUCAACGAGUAAAAUACAAAUGGACGUACAAGAACAUAUUUCGAAGGCCUAUCCAGAAUCAGGCUUGCUCGAAUUAAUGCCCGAGGAAGAAGGCGGUAUCCCAACAGAGCUAAGCGAUUUGGAUAGUGAGGGACGCAGCUUAGUCGUUGACUUUGGAUUGUUCGUCUUGAUCAACGUAUACUGCCCCAAUCUUACUUCGGAAGAACGCAUGCCUUUCAAAUAUAACUUUCACAAGGUACUUGAAGACCGUGUCCGGAUUCUCAUGCAAGAAGGGAGAGAAGUCAUUGUCCUUGGCGAUCUGAAUGUCGUUGCUGCUCCAAUCGACCACUGCGAAGGGAAUUUGGACUCUAGAAAAAAUGCGUUUUGGGACUCACCUGUUCGAACAUGGUUUCGUCAGUGGUUGGAUCCAGAAGGACCUAUGGUCGACGCAAUCAGAAGCUCGUGGCCUAAUCGGGAAAAGAUGUUCACAUGUUGGGAUACGAGGACCAAUGCUCGUGAAUCAAACUAUGGUACCCGGAUAGACUACAUUCUAAUCACGAAAGGACUUUUGCCUUGGUUCAAACAUGGAGAUAUUCAGCCGGAUAUACGUGGAUCCGAUCACUGCCCCAUAUUCAUUGACCUUCAUGACGAAAUUACCUCAUCUGACGGAGAGGUAUUGCAUCUGGCGGACUUCUUGGGUCUUGCUAGUGUUUCUGGGCAACAGAGGGACCCGCCGCCGAUAUCAACGAAGUUCUGGGAUGAAUUUUCUGAUAAACAGAAGCUUUUGUCCGCAUUCUUUUCAAAGGAAUCGUCACAUUCCAUAUCCAAGCCAUCAACUCAAACUUCUGAACAUAACCUCCAGAAAAUUGGGUCGGGGGCUGAGAUUCGAAACGAUGAAUCGCCUAGUGCCGGGUCCGUUUCGGGUUGCUCUACUCAGGUGCCCCUCCUAGCCGCUGGACAAACCGAAUCAGGAAAACCUGCUGGAAUAAACGGACACAAAAGGAAGGCCACUAGCUCCAGGUUGGAAACUGGAGACACCAGCCCCAAAAAACCCAAGAAAUCCCAGACAACUGGCACGGUCAGCAACCAACGCAAGCUCUCAAACUUCUUUACAAACUCUUUCCAACCAAAAAGCUCAGCUAAACGGUUCAGCUCUCCGCCAAUAGAGGUCAGCGACUCUGAGGAUGAAGCCAGGUCUCCAAAGCCAAAGAGUGGGUUUGUGCUUUCUGAGUCGAAUUUGGAGUCCAACUCCCAAGUGAAGAGUACAGAAUCAGCCAAACACAAGUGGUUCCAGCUGAUGCGACCUGUCGAGCCCCCCAGGUGCAUCGUCCAUGAUGCCCCAACCAAAGAGUUUACCGUCAACAAAGCCGGUCCCAAUAAGGGGAAGAAAUUUUUCAUAUGUUCAAUGCCAAUGGGGCCUGGAUAUGACUCAGGUAAAUCUACAAGGCUUCGGGAAGAAGUCGACCCCCGGUACCGGUGCAAUUACUUCAAGUGGGCCAGCGAUGUAAAGCGAGAGACCAAAUUAAACGCCUAG